AUGGGCAAUCAGGUGGAGAAACUGACCCACCUAAGUUACAAGGAAGUUCCCACGGCCGAUCCGACCGGCGUGGACCGAGACGAUGGGCCCCGCAUAGGAGUCUCUUAUAUUUUCUCCAAUGACGACGAAGAUGUGGAACCGCAGCCACCGCCCCAGGGGCCUGAUGGCGGAGCGUUGCCGGACUCCGGGGACCGGCCUCCCCUGCCCCCGCCGCAGCCCUAUGACCCGCGGCAGCACGAGGUGGAAUGCUCGGUGUUUUAUCGCGACGAGUGCAUCUAUCAGAAAAGCUUCGCGCCGGGGUCGGCGGCGCUAAGCACCUACACACCCGAGAACCUGCUCAACAAGUGCAGUCCAGGCGACCUCGUGGAGUUUGUGUCGCAGGCGCAGUACCCACACUGGGCUGUCUAUGUGGGCAAUUUCCAGGUGGUGCAUCUGCACCGGCUGGAGGUGAGCAACAGCUUCCUGACCGACGCAAGCCAAGGUCGGCGCGGCCGCGUGGUCAACGAUCUGUAUCGCUACAAGCCACUGAGUCCCAGCGCUGUGGUGCGCAACGCGCUGGCGCACGUGGGCGCCAAGGAGCGGGAGCUCAGCUGGCGCAACUCGGAGAGCUUUGCCGCCUGGUGCCGCUAUGGCAAACGUGAGUUCAAGAUCGGUGGCGAGCUGCGCAUCGGCAAGCAGCCCUACCGUUUGCAGAUUCAGCUCUCGGCUCAGCGCAGCCACACUCUGGAGUUCCAGAGCCUGGAGGACUUGAUCAUGGAGAAGCGGCGCAAUGACCAAAUCGGACGCGCGGCGGUGCUGCAGGAGCUCGCCACGCACCUGCACCCGACUGAGCCAGAUGAGGGCGACAGCGAUGCGGCUCGGACUACACCGUCUCCCCUGCGCCCCCCUGCACUGGGCUCCGAGGAGGAGGAUGGAGACUCGGUGGUGCACUGAUACUUAACCUGGGCUCAGAGCUGCAAAAGGGAGCUGUUUGCAACGGCCGCGCCCCUUCCUCCCCACCCAUACCCCCUUCAUCUGGGCCCCAUUUGAUAUUCUUGGGCCUUUUGGAAAACGCAGAGUUGGUGAAAUGCACAGCCGACUUUGGACGGGGGAGGAGGAAGGGGACGGAGGGAGCAGGAAUAAGACAUAGAACUAUUUUGUACUGUGAAUUACGGACGCUCUUUGAAGGAAAGAAAUAUUGAUUCCAAUGUUCUUCCGAAGCUCUGGAGGGGGAUAAGCAGGACCCUGUGGAACACAUACUAAAAGAAACCAGACAAAUUCUAUUUUCUUACCCGAGCAAAUAUUUUAUUGAGACUGCUUAUGUAUGUCAAAGGAGCCUACAACUUCAGCUACACAACUUUUUCUAUGAGGAGAACUGGUAUUUUGUAGCUUUUAUUCCACGUUUAAUUAAACAUGACUUUGUAGCAGGAAAAUGUCUAGCAGAAGACUUUAUUGCAGAUCUUGAAGAUUUUUAGUUUUUAUGAAAAUGGUUUCAGUGGUUAAAGCCCCUCAAAACUUUGGCGCUUCUGAGCCUCAUGGCGCCAUUGGACAAGAACAACCACAUGAAAACAUAUUUUUUGGAAGCAAAACUUUAAUUUUAUAUGACACAUAUAUACUAUGGAAAGCUAAGAAAAUUUAAGGACUACUUGUUUUUUCUUUUUUUCUUAAAAUGGGAUCCACUGUGUUGAAGACUCUUGAUAUUAUGUGCUUGUCUAGCCAUUAAAAAAAAAAAAACAAAUUAAAAUAAAAUUGACCACGAUCAUAGUCACCCAAUGGAUUUGUUUGGAAAGUUAGAUUUUGUGAAUUGUUUAAAAAAUCAGGAUAAUGAUCAAUUUGACUGUUUUAUUCAUCUUUUCCUUAUGCCGUUUUGUUCUUGGUUAUAAAUCUGUGGCCUGUGAAGAAUUACCCAUCAGGAUACAUACUCCACAUGCAUUUUAUUUCCCAGCAAAUUGCAGAAACUUUAAUUUUGUUGGAGGUUGUAUGUUAAAUCAAUUUUCUUUCACCACUUCUUGAGGAGGAGGUUCUAGUUUGAAAUUGUAUCAUUUCCUUCAAAAUGAAGGGCAGUACUUAGUUAAAUAAAAGAUUGAUGACAUCUUUUAAGCCA